AUGGAUUCUAAACCGCUAUCCAAGGAUUCUAUGAGAUCAACAUGGCCAACAGCGCCUCGCAGUACGUGGAACUUCAACCACCAUCUGCUAGAUAAGCUGAAUGUCCACCCCAUCGACCUGAACAAGGAAGUGCCCGUCCACAGCAAAGAUGAGAAACUCCCCUUCAUGCCACAGUGGUCUCUCCAACGCUGGGUUCUAUUCUACUCAGCCAUACCACUGGUCCUACACGAGCUCUACAUGCGAUUCACCGGCAAGACCAUCGGCCCAAUCACCGCAUUCAACUUCUACUUCUUCGUCUUCAACGCAACAGUCAUCUACCAAGUCCACGUGCUCCGGCGUCUAGGCCACAUCCACGGCUUCCUAGAUGGCGACAAGCACGAACGGGACGGCAUCCCAGACGUCGGCGUAGCCAAGGUCGUCACCUCACUGUACAAAACGACCGGGUCUCGACUGAUCCUCUCAAUCUUCCUCUCCUACACCCAAACCUCCAAACCAUCCCAGAUGUCCUGGCAGUGGCUGCCUCUCGAGAUAGGACUCUACGGCAUCGUCCUCGACUUCUGGUUCUACUGGUAUCAUCGUCUCAUGCACGAUGUGGGCUACUUAUGGAAAUACCACCGCACCCACCAUCUGACCAAACAUCCAAAUCCCUUGCUGGCCGCAUACGCAGACCACGAGCAGGAAUUCUUCGAUAUGGUCGGUGUUCCGAUGAUGACAUACUUCAGUCUUAAGCUCAUGGGUCUUCCUAUGGGUUUCUACGAAUGGUGGAUCUGUCACAACUACGUUGCCUUUGCGGAGGUCUUUGGACAUAGUGGCUUGCGUGUACAUUUGACUGUACCGUCCACUCUGAGUUGGCUUCUACAGUUGCUUGAUGCGGAUAUUGUCAUUGAGGACCAUGAUCUGCAUCAUCGUAAGGGUUGGCGCAAGAGCUAUAACUAUGGUAAGCAAACGCGCCUGUGGGAUCGGAUCUUUGGUACUUGUACGGAGCGUAUUGAGUCUGUUCCUGGGAAUGUGGACUACGAGAACCCGGCUACGAUGCCUUUGUUUUGA